GGGAGCGGGAAAGGAAGGAGAGCGCCCUUGUCGCCUGAGUCAGCGCGGCGGCCAGGGUGGUGAGAAGGAGAAGCUCUCAGGCUUCCUGCUGCCAUGGGGGCACAGGAUCGGCCUCAGUGUUUCUUCGACAUAGAAAUCAAUCGAGAACCAGUUGGUCGUAUUGUAUUUCAGCUUUUCUCUGAUGUGUGCCCAAGGACUUGCAAAAACUUUCUCAGCCUAUGUACAGGUGAAAACGGAAUUGGCAAAACGACUGGGAAAAAACUCUGCUACAAAGGUUCAACAUUUCAUCGUGUGGUUAAAAACUUCAUGAUACAAGGUGGAGACUUCAGUGAAGGUAAUGGAAAAGGAGGUGAAUCAAUUUAUGGAGGAUAUUUUAAAGAUGAGAACUUUAUUCUGAAACAUGAUCGAGCAUUUCUUUUGUCAAUGGCAAACCGAGGGAAACAUACCAAUGGUUCCCAGUUUUUCAUAACUACGAAGCCUGCUCCUCAUCUUGAUGGUGUACAUGUUGUCUUUGGAUUAGUUAUUUCUGGGUUCGAAGUGAUAGAACAAAUAGAGAAUCUGAAAACUGACACUGCCAGUAGGCCCUAUGCGGAUGUACGAGUUAUUGACUGUGGAGUCCUGGUUACAAAAUCUGCCAAAGAUGUGCUGGAGAAGAAGAGAAGGGUCUCCACUCACUCAGAAGAAUCAGAUAGCUCCACCAGCAGUUCCUCUACUUCGUCAGAAUCGUCGUCAGACAGUGAAUCUGAAAAUGAGAGAAGCAGGAGGAGAAAACGCAAGAGAAGAACCAAAGUUAAGCAGUCACGGAAGCGAAGGAGGGAGGAAAGAAAGAAGGAGGAACCCAAGAACAAACGGAUGUCAGGCCAAAGAAGCCACUCCGAGAGAAGCGAAGCGAAUGACAAAUCAGUAGAUUUGAAUGCAAAGAGAGAUAAACCUGUUGUCCGUCCUGAAGAGAUUCCUCCAGUGCCUGAAAACAGAUUUUUGCUGAGAAGAGAUGCGCCCAUUGCAAACGCAGAACCUGAGACGAAGCCGCUUGAUGUAGCACCUGUUUUGACUGAUCAGAAGCCCUCAGUCUCUAAAUCUGGAAGAAAAAUCAGAGGGAGAGGCACAAUACGAUACCAUACACCACCCCAUUCUCGCUCAUGUUCAGAAUCUGAUAAUGAUGGGAGCAGUGAAACUCCACCACACUGGAAAGAAGAAAUGCAGAGAUUAAGAGCCUACAGGCCACCCAGUGGAGAAAAAUGGAGUAAAGGGGACAAGCUGAGUGAUCCAGGAAAGGGGGAUGAAAGGAGCCUGUCCCAGAGGUCAAGGUCUUGGUCCCAUAAUGGUUACUCAGAUCUAAGUAGCGCAAAAUAUGUUGGGUACCAGAAAAGACGUCGGAAAGAAAAGAAGGCGAAGCACAAAAAGAAGGCCAAGAAGCAAAAACAUUUGAAGAGACACAAACAAAUUAAAAAGAAGAGAUUGUCACCUUCCACAGAAAUGGACUCCUCGCCUGCUUCUGCUAGAAGGACGAAAUCACCUAGUGAACGUGAGCGGGCAUCUCAUUCUUCCUCGCUAACUUCUAAGGACGACUCCUCUAGAAGAAGCUGGUCUAAAUCGGAGAGAGAUAAGCAAAGUUCAUUGUCUUUGUCAAGCAGAGAUUCCCGAUCCUACUCCAGGUCCAGAUCUAGGUCUGGUUCCAGAAGAGGUUCUAAGUCAAGAAUGGCGUAUAAGUCGUCUCGGUCUAGGAGCAGAUCUAGAUCAAGAUCAAGGUCUAGCUCAGCUUCCAAGCCUCUGAAGAUGGUGUCCACUUCACCCAAAAAUGCUACCGCUCAUCUAAAUGAAUGCCCGCCAGUUAAGGUGGAGCCUGUGAGAACAGCCUUGCCACAGAAUGAUAAAGUGGUGAUACAGCCUGUGAUUACAGAAAGUAUUCCAGUUAUACCCCUAAGUGACAGUCCUCCACCAUCCAGAUGGAAACCUGGGCAAAAGCCAUGGAAACCAUCCUAUGAGCGAAUUCAGGAAAUGAAAGCCAAGACCACCCUUGUAAUACCUACUCAAACGACCUACCUUGUGGAAAGUGUCAAAGCCAGUGGCUCCACCUCUUCAUACAGUAAGCGACGGAAGAGUUCAGAUAGUGACCGGAGUGAUUAUUCCAAAAACCAGAGUGACAGAAGUUCACGUAGUUGGCGAAGGUCAAGAAGCAGAACAUCUCGAAGUAGAUCCUAUUCCAAGUCUUACUCACGAUCAAGAAGUCCAUCCAGUUCAAGGUCUCGGUCAACAGUUAGAUCCCAUUCAGUGAAUAAAUACCCCAGCGACCAGUCAUGCUACAGUGGGUCGUCCUCUUACUUUUCUCUAAGUGAGGAUGACCGACAGAAAAGCAAAAUCAAAUCUGACUACAGAGAGAAGCAUGCUCAGCUGUCAAAGAAAAGGCAGAGUAGUUCUGAAAGCACUUUGCCUUAUGCCAAAGACACGAAUUCUCCGAAGCCAGGAAGGAGUGCAAGUAGGUCAUCCUCCGUGUUCUCCACAGAUAGUGAGCAGCUGGCAAAACCACAGCCAGCCCAAGCCAAAGGGCAGGUGCAGCCGGACAAACAGAAUGGGAAACAAAACAGAAGCAGCCCCACUUUGGAUGGUCAGGAAGGAAAGCCUCCAUCUGAACAGGGGGGCAGUGAUCAUUCGAGAAAAAGAACUUUGAGGGAGAAAUCUGAGUCUCCCAAAAGUGGUCAGAAAGCGAAAAGAAAAACCCGUUCUGGCAGUAAGUGGGACUCUGAAUCGAAUUCAGAGAGAGGUGGCAGCAGAAACAAUAAAGAAGAGUCAAGAUUGUCUUCUGGUAAGGAGGAAGGCGAGGCCACGUCGGACUCAGAUACAGAUCCUGAUCUUGCCAAGCGUAACACAAAGUUAGAUUCCUUUUCUGGCGUACCGAAGGCAGACAAGCAGUCUUCCCUUUCUGAAACGGAGAGCUCUCGUUCCCAUUCAGGUGCAAGAGGAAAAUCAAGAAAGCAAAAGCAUGGUUCCAAAAAGAGCCUCAAAAAAGGGCACUCCAAAAAAUCUAAAGAGAAGUCCAAGGGCAAAAAAGAGAAGAAGCAUAAGGCUCCGAAACAAAAAGAAACAUUUCACUGGCAACCUCCGCUGGAGUUUGGCGAAGAGGAGGAAGAGGAGGAGGGGGAAGUGGCUGUGAAGCCGGAAGCAAAGGGUGAAGGAAAGAAGCCAAUCCUCGUUGACGUUAAAGAUAAAAAUGAAGAUCAGAAUGUGGAAAAUGAUAAAAUGGCGAAAGAUGAAAAAAGGGACGAUGAAAAGCUCCACAAGCAGAAUACAAUCUCGGAUAAAGCUGCAGGUCCUACAUCCCCUGCUAAACAACUUAGUAGAGAUGAUGGCGGACAGUCUUCUUCAGCGCUGGAUAAAAACAUGGAUCCUUCUGAAAGUGCUGAGGCCACCAAGGUGAAGAAUGACAGCGAAGGGGAUGUCUCCCUGAUGGAUGACAUGGAGAUUUGCACUCCAGAUCAUAAUUCCCCUGUAAAGGUUGAUGUGGAGCUUUGUCCAGUAAGUGUGAAGGUGAACUUAAAGGAUAUUAAAAUUAAUAAGAACACAAAGGGACACAGGAGUUCUGAAAUGGAACGCGGAAAACAGAGCGUUGCUGUUAAAGAAGAUACCGAAACAAAAGAAGGCAACCAAGGGAAAGAGAAAGAGAGAUCUCAAGCUCCCACUGUUGCUGCUGCUGCUGCUGUCGAAGGUGUGUUGAAAACUGAAACGGCUGACAGUGCACCGAGCAGCGUGGUGGAUCAUAAAUGGAAACCCUUGCAAGGUGUAGGGAACCUCCAGGUGGGCCCCAUUGCAGGUCCCAGCACUUCUGCAGAAACCAAAAGCGUAGCCUCGUCCUCUGAAUCGAAGCCACAAGGUUUAAGGAUAGAAAUCAAAAGCAAAAACAAAAUCAGACCGGGUUCUCUGUUUGAUGAAGUAAGAAAGACAGCCCGGCUUAAUCGGAGACCCAGGAAUCGCGAGAGCUCUUCCGAGGAGGAUUCUCCCGCCCGAGAGAAUAGUCAGUCGAGAAGCUGCAGCCGAUCACGAAGCCAGUCCGAGCCGACCUCCAGGCAUAGAACCAGAUCCCUUUCCUAUAGUCGUUCCAGGAGUCGCUCCAGAAGCUCAACUGACUCAUACAGGUCGCGGAGCUACACGCGAAGCCGGAGCAGGGGAUGGUACAGCAGAGGCCACUCAAGGAGUCGGAGUAGUUCCUAUAACAGUGGCAGGAGUCAUAGCCGAACAUAUAGUAGAAGCCGAUCAAGAAGCAGUUCUUACGAUCACCGUAGUAGAUCAAGCAGGUCUUAUACCUAUGACAGUUACUACAGCAGGAGUCGCAGCCGAAGCCGAAGCAAAAGGAGUGACAGUUACCACAGAUCUCGCAGUUAUGACAGGCGGUCCAGAUCUUAUGGUUCUGACAGUGAAAGCGACCGGAGUUAUUCUAACAAUCGAAGUCCCAGCGAAAGCAGCCGAUACAGCUGAAAGCCUUUCGUUAAAAUUAUUGAUUAUAUUUAAUACAUUUUUUUAAAAAAGAUCUGUGGGUUUUUUUGUGUGUGAAUUUCCCCCCC